AUGAGCACGACACAACGGUUAGAAAGCAUGAAUGUUUUUUUUUACGGAUAUGUCCAUUCCGGUACAACAUUGAAGGAAUUCAUGGACCAAUUUGAUAAUGCGUUGAGGAAGAAGGUGGAGCUAGAGACAACGGCUGACUUCAACUCCAGUAACCAAACGAUCCCCUGCGGCUGCAUUUCAACCUUUGAUAUCUUGGAUGAGAUCUCUGUUAAUGACUGCAACAAAAUUGUCCACUACACACUUUACUUUAACGAAAAGGAGUCUGAGUUGAAAUGCACGCGUGCAUUAUUUGAGAUGAGAGAAAUUUUAUGUAAGCACGCACUUAAAGUUUUUCAGUUGUCCCAAAUUAAUGUGGUGCCAGAUAGAUAUGUCUUGGAUCGCUGGAGGAAUGAUGAGAAGAGAACAUACACAUUGAUCAAAAGUAGUUAUGAUGACUUGCGGGCCAGUGGAGAUGCACGGAGGUAUGAGAUGGUGGUUAAAAGAUGCAUGAAAUUGGCAACUAAAAUUUCACAAAGUGAUGAGCGUGUGAAUGCAUUCCUACGUGUUGUCGAUGACUUCGAUUCAAGAUGUGAUGAUGUAAUGGUUGGGUCGAGAUCCGAAUCAACAAAGGUUGGAUCAAACGUACAAGCGGAUAAAGGUAAAAAGAUAUUAAGCCCUCACGUGGUCCGGGGGAAAGGGAGACCCCCAAGUAAGAGAAAGGUUCCGCCCGUGGAGAAGAUGGCAAGAAAGAGAAAGACUUGCAAGAAAAUAUUAGAUGAUGCAAUGCCAUUGGGUGACACCCCGGACACUCAACAACCUCCAUUUGAUGCAGGGCAAGGUGUUGGGACACAACAAAGCAAUGUCACACAAUCUAUGCCACCGGAGAAAUCGAGAGGUCUUCAGAUAUUGGCUGUUCCUGGUUUUGUGUUUGUAAUUUGUGCGCACAUGCUUGCUGAAGUUGUCAAAGUUGCAGAUGCUUUGAAGUAUUGCCAAGCCAAUGUUGAUGUCUCUUGA